AUGCCAGUCAUCGCCAAAGAGGACGAGGACGAAUCUCAAGAGAAAUCAAAAAGUAUUGUGAUUGAUUGCAAAGAUCAAGGUGAUGAUGACCUACCGGCCGAAGACGAAGAUGGGACUGAUCAUGAUUCAGAGGCCGAGGAUUUCACAGCCUGUGCUCCAGACUACGAUGAAGAUGUGGAGGAUCAAAUCGACAAUCAAGAUCCCUUUAACCCUACGGAAACCUCUAGUCUUGACGAUUUCAAGAACAACGCCUCCAGGAAGCACGCGAAGGAGCUCAAUGAAUUGAUUAGUAAGGUACAUCAAUUCUUAUUUGUCAUCACAACCUGGAAAUUUUCUGACUUUGACUAUUGUUCACUCUAG